AUGAAACUUUCACUCAAUAUAGUAACAGGUGAGAAAGUAGAACUUACAUCAUGGAAAAGCCCUUCUAAUCCUUCCGUUGGAACCUUCUCUUUUAGUGUUGUUCAACGCAUAAAUAUAGUUGAAGUGUUCAUUUGGAAUGAAACUCGACCAUUCUGGCGCAGUGGUCCAUGGAGUGGUGGGGUAUUUAGAGGGAUACCAACGAUGUCAACAUAUUUUGAUGGUUUCAAAGGUGGUGAUGAUGGAGUGGGGAAUGCAAAUAUCUAUUACACAGUGCCAACAGAUACAGAAUUUGUAGUCUAUAUAUUGAAUUCGCAAGGCCGAUUUGAACAAACUUGGUGGGAUGAUGAGAAGAAAGGAAUGGAAGUUACGUGGACCAGUCGAAAAUCCGAUUGUGAUGUUUAUGGUAUGUGUGGACCUUUUGCAAGUUGUAAUUCACAGAGGUCACCAAUAUGUAGCUGUUUGAAAGGGUUUGAACCAAGGAACAAAGAGGAGUGGAGUAGACAGAACUGGACUAGUGGAUGUGUUAGGAGAACACGGUUGAAGUGUGAAAGGGUCAAAGAUCAGAACACAAGUAUAGAUACAAAGGAAGAUGGGUUUCUGAAACUGCAGAUGAUUAAAGUUCCAGAUUUUGAAGAAGGGUUACCUGUUUCGCCAGACAUAUGCAAAAGCCAAUGCUUGGAUAAUUGCUCUUGUAUUGCUUAA